AAAAGGAAUGAAAGCAUAGUUUUUUUUUCAUUCUGUUCCUGACACACGAUGGAUCUGCGCAUCUCUGUUGUUCUUCUUCUCAUUUUUCUCACUGGAGGACACUCUCUCAAGUGUUACACAUGCCUGCCUGAUCUGACGGGUUCCUGCGAUGCCAAAGUGGAGACGUGUAGAGAUGGAUUUUCCAAAUGUGGAAGCAUGAAGGGAGAACAAUCCAUUGGUCCCGCUAAGGUAACUGUCACAAUUAAACAGUGUGUAGAUACAUGUGAAUCUGCAACCAAACAGUCCUGGAUUGGGGGGACAGUAAAAGUCCACUGCUGUGACACUGAUCUCUGCAAUGCAGCAGAUGGUGUGUAUAAGGGAAGCUUCCUCCUGCUGUUGUCUUCUCUGCUCUUCUACUUCCUGUUUCAGUGAAUCAGAUUCAACAGCUGCAGCAGAAACUGCAUAUCACACAUUUAUAUUUUUCAGUAUAUAAAUAAAAGUAGUCAUGUCAAAGCAGUAACUAAAUCAGCGUACUAUCAUCUCAAAAACAAUGCAAGAAUUAGAUGUUUUGUUUCCAGUCAAGACUUAGAGAAACUUGUUCAUGCCUUUAUCAAAAGCAGGGUGGAUUAUUGUAAUGGUCUCCUCACUGACCUUCCCAAGAAAACCGUUAGACAGCUGCAGCUCAUCCAGAACCAGAAAAUCUGAGCAUAUCACACCAGUCCUCAGAUCCUUACACUGGCUUCCAGUUAUAUUUAGAAUUGAUUUUAAAGUACUUUUACUCAUUUAUAAAUCACUCAAUGGCCUAAGACCUAAAUACAUUGCAGAUAUGCUCACUGAAUAUAAACAGACCACUCAGAUCAUUAGGAUCGAGUCAGUUAGAAAUACCAAGGAUUCACACAAAACAAGGAGAAUCCGCUUUAUUACUAUUAUUGCUAUUAUACUGCCCACAGUUGGAAUCAGCUUCCAGAAGUGAUCAGACGUGCUAAAACAUUUAAAUCUAGACUCAAAACUCAUCUGUUUAGCUGUGCAUUUACUGAAUGAGCACUGUGUUUCGUCCAAACUGAUUGCAUUAUGUAUAAUCCUUUUCUAUUUUUAACUGUCAUAAAUUUAUUUUAUAUCAAUUUUUAAAUCAUUAAAUUAGUUUUUACUUUUUUGUUUUAUUGUUGUGAUCAUUGUUUUUAUGAUUAUUCUACUUCCUUUUUUGUGAUUAUUGUUUUUAUAACUAUUCUACUUCCUUUUAUGCAAAGCACCUUUGUGUAUGAAAUGUGCUAUAUAAAUAAACUUGCCUUGC